AUGGCAAAAUCACCGUCUUCAUCAUCUGAGAAAUUCACUCAAAAGGCCAUAGAAAUUCCAUACAAAGCUCCCCAUAACUACUUGGGUCUGUUGACAAAACCAAGUAACACUGAAACCUUCAAUUCCGUCAUAGAUGCUCUUUCGUCUUCAAAGUACAAAACUUUGUUGACUUCUAAUGCUCCGAUUUACUUGGCAACCCAGAGGGAAUUUUGGGAAAAUGCAAAACUUGAAUCUCAAGAUGAAAUACCCAUAGCCAUCAAUUCCUCGAUAAAGGGUGUUAAAGUUAAAAUUUCACCACAAACAAUCUCUGAAGUGUUUGAACUCAGUGAUCUUCUAGGCAAUUCAAGUAUGCUUGCAGACAUCCCUUUGCCAGAUGGUUCCAAAAAGAUUGAUGUAACCACAAAUGUCAUUGCUACUGCAAAAUCAAGUGUAAAAAGGGAUAUGGAGGCAAAGGACAAAGCAAGGUUUGAACAGGAGAAGAGAGUUUUUAUGGAAAUGAAUGAGCAGGGUAUUUCAGAACCAAAGGAUGAAAAAAAUCCAAAGGUCAAAAGAAAGCAGCCUACUAGACAUCAAUCUCCCAAACCAACAGAUGUUAAAACUCCUGUUGUCUCAACAACUGUUGGUACUUCAAUCAUUUCAACAGCUGUUAGUCAAACAACUGCCACCACUUCAACAUACACCACAACUACUGCUUGCAGUUCAACUACUGCGUCACCAAAAACAUCAUCACUACCAAAAAUCACCUCACCACCAAAAACAACUUCAUCACCACCAUCAUCUCCUGCUAAAAAGCAGAAGACUUCAGAUGACACAUUAUCUGUUCAACCUUCCACUCAAAUCACUACCACUCAAUCCAUCAAAACACCACCAACCUCUCCUGAACCCAAAAGGAGAACGGUAAACAAUGUUGUACUAGAUGAUGACACUUCACCACCACAAACAUCCAUACAAUUACUGCCAGUUGUACCUAUUCCAAACCCUGUUCCUCUUUCUACUGCUCAAGUUGAAAAACCAAACACUGCCAUCACUCCAGCAAGUCCUCAGUACCCUUUAGAGCUUAUAGCAGUUAGAGAGGAGAUUAAAUCCUUCUACACUGAAGAUGGCCCUGCUAAAAGGACUGAGCCACAAAAGCAACAAUUCAGGAGAUCCACCGUUCCACCUGCUGCCAUCCUUUACCAAAGAAGGAAUCAAAACGAGAUGGAUAAAAUAACAGCAGCAGAUAAAGAAGCAGAGGAUUACGUUGUGAAAGUAGGGGUUAAACGGAUUAUUGAAGAAAUACUUGAAUCUUGA